AUGUCUGAUCAAUCACCUUGCGCGAUUCUUUCAGAGUCCAUCGACAUUCCCCGCAUCACGUCUACAAAUCAAGAGUCAACACUCAAUUACUACGGUCCUGUUAGUGGCUCACUUGCUACUGAGGCAGCAAAAUUUCUCGCCUGCCAUACUGACGCAGUAGAGCAGGAGUUAGAACCAAAAAUCAAGGCGUUUCUUGGGAUCACGCAAGCCGACUGUUCGGGAGGCGCCGAAGAGAAAAAUGCUUGCUGGCUCACCAUCCGCAUCACAAAGCCUUGCACCGCAUACAAAAUCCCGCGGUGGCACCAAGAUGGUCCUAUGUUUGAGUACGACAAAGGACGCGAAGAUGUCGUGAGAAGCAAGUAUGCGCUUACGUUACUCGGGCCAUCCACGCUCAUGCUGCAGCCAGACGAACAUGUCUUCAAGACGCAGCAUGAAGCGGAGGCGCGGUAUGACUGGUGGCAGAAUAAAGCCAAUGGUCCUGAGCCCUCUGAGGACGAGAUGUACGACGCAGACGAUCUAUUGCGGGACUCGCUUGGCAAUGCAUUCAAAAACGCUCCCAGAGUUCAGGUUGGCCAUGGUCAAAUCGUGCGGUUUAGCUGGGGACGAGAUGACAGCCCUGUGCAUUCAGAGCCGGAUCUUGUUUCUGAUAGGGUAUUUAUGACAGUGCUGUAUGGAAGUGACUCGGAGUUGCGAACGAUGAUCCUCUACAAGCGCAACGCCGCUGCCACCGGUCUACCGCCCUGGUAUACAUGGACCCACGAACACGAUCCGCCGCAUUGUUGGACAUGCCCCGCCGAAAAGGCCUUUAGGUCAUGUCUUCACUGGGCCGUAUUUCACGAUUCACUCUCUACGAUCAAGCUGGGUGUUGCUUAUGGCUCCGAUGUCAACAAGAUCAACGACGUUGCUGAUUUCAUCCCUUAUGAGGAAGACCCUGAGUCUAUUCCCAUUUGUGGACCUAUCAAACGGGUGCAGCUUGCAACGCCACUACAUCUUGCUAUCUUUCUGAAACGCUUCGAGAUCGACGUAGCCUGUGCGAUCGUCGAGAAGCUAGCACAAUGGGGCGUUCCUCUUGAUGCGGAAGCUGAAUCUCAGUGGGGAGAUUGGCACGGAGGCACGGCGUUGAACAUGCUCAUCGGAAGGAGAAAGUUUGAGCCUGCCCUUAAACUUCUGCAGCUUGGAGCCGAUCCAACAGUACAGCAGGAUGAAGAUGGGGGCCUGCGAUUGUUGAGUAACUGUAUCAACGAUCGCGACAGAGAAGACAUGUCCAACUGCUCGCCAGAACGCGCAGAGAGGAAGAGAGAGGCCGGGUUGGAAUUACUGAGUCUCCUGAUCCAAAAGGGAAUUGAUCCAGGCAAACCCCAUAAACUGGACAGACCGUACGAUCUAUAUGCUCUCGAUGAUCCAAGGCCAUUGUUAUCAGCACUUCUAAUGUCUGACGCGCGAUGCAUGGAAAUUCUCCUCGAUGCCGGAGCAAUGGCCCGCGAAGCAAUCUACGAGAACAAUCAUGAUAAUCUUCUGCGAGACUUUGUCGAAAUGAUGGCCGAUGCUGUUGAGGAGGGUAUAUCUCUUCGAGAAAUGAGAGAUGAAGUCGAAUCGCGGAAAGAGUCAGUAUGUCUAUUACUUAACGGAGUGGCGCGAAUAGACUCAAGAGAUGGUGAAUACUCGGCAUUGAGUAAAGCGUGUGAUAUUAAGCAGGGGUUCGGUAUAGUCGACUUUCUGGCUGAGAAUGCGACUUGUAGGAAUGUGGAGGUGGAAUAUGUCGCUAGUUUAAGGGAAAUAUAUAAGCGGGAUGAAGUUGUCUGGGAGAAAUUGGACAGGUUCCAUCAGAAGUUGAUGGCCGAGAAGAACGAUCGAGAAGGAAUCCAGGACAUCAAGAACUCAGAAUGA